AUGGCAUUGUUCUCUGACACUUUUUCCGUACCUCACGCACAAGGUUCUCUUCAAAUAAUACAGUACAGUGGGUCUCCAAAGCCUAAGCAAACCUCUCUUCGGAACCCCUCAAAGGCCCUGUCAAACAAACACAGUCUAAAAUCGAACACUCAACUGGAGAACAAAGAGGAUCUUGUACCAACGUCGGACGAAGUCGAAGUCACUGAUUUGACAUAUUUAGUUAGAGAAGGCAACAGCGAGAUCAGCGGUAGCAGAGGUGGAGGAGCUGGUGAUGCUAGCAGUUAUGACGAUUUUGCGCCCUAG